GGUUCCCUUACGACCUUUUCAGUCAUCUGGACGAUAGCAUACAGCCAAUUUGCGCGCUUGUUCAACUUUCUGUCAUCAUUACGACGGGCAAGCGCCUGGUUUUCAUGUGGAAUGCGUCGAAUUCGCAUCGCAUCCUUCUUAUGCAUUCCUCUGUGCCACCGAAUAUUCUUUCGAACCUAUGCCAUCUGAGGAUCGAAGACGAUUCAAUAGGAUACAGUAUUUAUUGGAGAUGAAACUGGAGGAGAUGUGUGCCAGGCUGCCUGUGGAACUCUGCUUGAUGGUUGCAAGGGAGCCUGUUCGCGAGUGUGCCAUAAGCACGAUCCAAGAACUCUGGUGUAGUCGCUGGAGUUCAGAUGGCGAUAUAGACGUUUCGUUGGGUGUAUGGGCUCAGUACGUCCACAUCCAUGGCGUUCGGUAUGUUGCGAUUCUCUCGAACACGGCUGAUCCUAAGCGCAACUGCACCAAGCUUCUUGAUACCAACAAGGCGUCAAAGGUCGGGGUUCUUUACGUCUUGGAGGACCACUUAGGCAUCAGACAGUUAGUAUUCGCCAGUCAAGGAGACCCUGACAAACUACCACCCUUCAACCCGAGAAUGGGUCUCUAGUGGCGGACUGUCCCUCUUACCUCAAGGAAGCUCAAGGCAAAGUCAGGUGGCUUGAAACUACGGUCCAUUACAUCCACGUCUGACCCUGAUUCUACAAACUUGAUGUGGUCCGCGCCCAUCCCCCAGCCUAAGAUAAGCGACUUCGGUUUUGGCCUUUUCUCCCGAGUUUGCCGAUUCGUCAGCUCUACAAAACCUUCGAAUGGUCUCCUUUAACUGCAA